AUGUCGCAACUUCUCAAGAAGAUCUUGGGUGAAAUGGCUUCCAUGCAGUCUUCCACAAAACCUUUCAUACAAGAAUCCAUCCAAGAACCCACACAGCCUCCAAUAGACGAUAUAAGCUCUAAAGAAUACAGCUACUUAUUCAACGAAGCUCAUAAUUAUCACAUGCCCCCGUAUGACUUCCGAGUCUGGGACCGAUAUCUUUUCUCCAGGUGCACCUCUCGGACUCAAAUACUUGGUCUGUGGAGAUUAUACGAAUGGCCAUUACGUCUAAGCCGUGGCAGAGUUGGAAUUGACGACAUUGGUAAAUGGUGCAUGGACGGCAAGUUCACCUAUCGAGUCAAGAAGCUGAUAAACAAUGAAAGGAUGACAUGCAAUCCGGAUUAUAAGAGAAUAAACAGAGACUUAAGUUUCAUCCAAGAAAACCAGGAGAUGCUGGAUCUUGGACCGAUGAAUAUUUCGAGACCUGAUGAUGCUCACAAAGAGUUAUGGCUCAAACAAGCAAAGGGUUGUAUAAUGUCUCGUAAAAUACCAAAAUCCGAACGAGAGUGGUUAUUUCAAGAGGGCUACUUCGCUUUAGGCGUGAUUGUCUGGGGAAUAAUGCCGGAGCCAAACUGGGUGUUGGAGGACAUUCGUUUCGAUCUUUGGUACCACUUGGGAUAUGGCGCUACUCACUUCCUGGGAGCCGAGCAGUUACUACUUUCACGAUACCAAAAGGUGCUUUCGAAGGCAUUUGGUAUCAGUUCUGUGACCUUUUCCCGUUUUGUUGUCAUGUGGAACACAAAAAUAACGCUCAUGUAUUAUACGCUCAGCAAAGAUUGGGAAUGCCCUCGAAACAUAUUAUCCAAUCUCGAGUACUUUUUCGUGACCCGGAAGCCUGGAGCGACGUCCUAUGGGGACGACCCUGAAGAAAGUGUUUGUCGACUAUAUCACCUAAUGUCUCUCAGUGAUCAAGACUACCAUCGUCUAGUGAAAAAGGACAUGGAGAAGUUCCGACAAGCGGAAGGAUUCUUCUGUCUCAUCCGAGAUUUCGAGAAUGAAGAAACGGACCCAAUUGCUCGAAAGAAUAUAUACAUCCAGAUCAUGAAGCACAUCAAGUGUCCUGGGGAUCUACAUCGCGCUUUCGAACGUGAUGAGUUGCGAGAAUUUGCGCAAAAGGUAUACGACCAGCUCGAGAUGAAUAUUUCCGAACGUGAAUUGGACCUAAUAUAUUUUGAGCUUCGUUGGUAA